AUGGAAAAUGAGCUUCUAGAACUCGAGAACGAUAUCCGUUCGCUUCAAGCAGACAUUGCCCCUCUCCAGACAGAAUACCAUUCGCUUCUUCGUCAAGUUGCGCAGAACGAAGCGCCUAGUCAUGCUCCCAAUAUUCCCACGAAAAAUCUCUUUGUUGAGAAAGAUCUAGUUCCUGUAGACGAACAAGACGAAGUGCCGCCAGUUUACCAUUACAACUUCUUCGAUGAGUCUAUUUUGAAAUACUUUGAGAAGAAGGAUGUAAAGGAUAGUUCCCAUAGUAGAAGCAUAAAGAGUAAGAUAUGUUCGCAACAGAUCUUGGCUGAGAUCGAGCAGUGGACUGCAAACAAGAAUCAUCUUUUGGUUGAGAAUAUCAUGAGGUUUGGAGGUGUCACUGCGUUUCCUAUAAACGACCGUCUAUAUGAUGCAGAAGAUUGUUUUCUAUUGGGGUUGAGGUACGACGUGAUGGACCAUAUUACGCGGCUGUAUGUCAAGCCAUUCUAUAUUAUAUUGCGUCGGAAACGAUACCUUCACGACCCAGAAGCCGAAGAUACAGCUCCCUGGCAGGUCUUUCGCUACACAACACCUCUGUAUGUAGCCCUCGAUCGGUACAGUGCCCUCCUCAACAACAAGGAUAGAGAAGAGGGCCUUCGUAGUUUUGCCAAUAGUGUUCAUCACCGAUUGGUAUUUGUGCAGAGAAAGAAGGGCUUGUUUAGUCGUGUCAGCCAGAUGACAUAUUCGAGUUUGUUCAAGGAAGCUUCAAAUAAUCCAAUUGUAAUCAUUGAACCGGAUGAAUCCUAUUCGCACGUCCUAUUGAGUUUCUCAAAGGACACUCACAUAGAGCUUGUUUGCAACGAUGAAAAUAUUCGUGAUAUCAAGUCUUCCUCAAGUCUACAAGAGUAUGAUUCACAUAUACGUGGUAUUGCGACUAUAUCUGAUAUCUCACAAUUGGUCUCUGCAAUGGAGCGUGUGUUCACGUUUCUCCGCUCGAAAGGAUUGAUACGACCAUGA